GGCGGCGGCGGAGGCGCAGGACUUGAGGGCUAGCGGUCUGGCCGGGCGAAAUGAGCGGGCCCGGGGCAACCGGCUCGGUGCGCGGGCUGCGGGUGGACGGGCUGCCCCCGCUGCCCAAGAGCCUGAGCGGGCUGCUGCACUCGGCGUCGGGCGGCGGCGCGUCGGGGGGCUGGAGGCACCUGGAGCGGCUGUACGCACAGAAGUCGCGCAUCCAGGACGAGCUGAGCCGCGGGGGCGCUGGCGGCGGCGGGGCGCGGGCCGCGGCGCUGCCCGCCAAGCCUCCUAAUCUGGACGCCGCGCUGGCCCUGCUGCGCAAGGAGAUGGUUGGCCUCCGACAGCUGGACAUGUCCUUGCUCUGCCAGCUAUACAGCCUCUACGAGUCCAUCCAGGAGUACAAGGGAGCGUGCCAGGCUGCGUCGAGCUCAGACUGCACUUACGCUCUGGAGAACGGCUUCUUCGACGACGAGGAGGGCUAUUUCCAGGAGCAGAGCCCCCUGCACGACAGGAGGGAGCGAAGCCCCCCGAGGGACCCCUCACCGCCUGCCUCCCCGCUCUGCAGCGCCGACUGGAUCCUGGAGUCCAUCUAAAGGACCCAGGAGGGAGGCGACUGUCAGCGUGUGCUUCUCCUCUCCUCCCCCGCUGCGGGCAUCCCCGGGCCAGUGGGACCUGUGCUGCCCGUUUAGUUUGCAGGCAGGGAGAUCUGCCUGGGCGUGGGGCCUCGGGCCAUUUCGGGGGCCGCUUUCUACUGAGGUGACCUGGAGGCGUUCAGCAAUCUCCUCACAGCCUGGCCCUGAGGCCCUGCGGCCAAGGAUUUGUACUGAGAGCAUGAUGAGAGGGUCCCUGGAGAAUACCUGCUCGGGUAUUUUGUGCGAGAUGAGAGGACCCGUGUGUAGCUGGCGGCUUUCUCACAGGUAGGGUUUGCCUCCAGUUUACAGUGUAAGAGAGCGAACACUUCCCUGCUGCCCUUCCUCGGUGUGUUCGACAGCCCUUCUUGCUGUUUGCUGAGCUCCGAAGCCACUGGGUUGAGCUGUAUUUAUUUGUCAGCUGCAUUACUCAUGGUCCAGUGACUCAGUAAAAGCUUUUCCCUGAAACAGUAAACAUUUCAGGUCACACCAAUCAAGAGAACUGCAUUCUCUUAACCUGUCAAAAAUUUUUGUAUCAUCGUUUGUCCAUCAGAUGUGGGAGGAAGGAAGAUAGUACAAAGAUACUUCAAACCGGGGGGAAAAAACUGGAGCAAGCUGUGUUUUGUGUCUCUCACGGUAAGGCGGUGAACGUUUCAGGUUUUAAAGAUUCUGAAUGUCAGCUACUAUGUGAGAAAGCAAACUCUUCCACUCAAAACGGUCGUCACCUUAAGCCUUACUAUAUUUAUUAAAAUCUUUCGUGCACACUUUACGCUUUGUAGGUUACAAGUGAGGAUAAAAUGCUAAACUGUC